UAUUAUUUACUCUUCAUGGCCGUGCAUCGCAUUAUUGGCCACACAGUUUUACGUCGAUCGUCUUGAUUGUAGAUCGUAGUGGCCCUUAAUCAAUCGGUUUGGGAUCCGCCGGGGCAUUUAACGUAACGAAUUUGGUUUCGCGCCGGUAAGAAUUUUUUUUUAAGGGUUGUGAAUGUGAUUUGCGUGAUGGAUUAUAGUGAGUCGUGAUUUUGUGUUGAGGUGGUGAUUUAGUAAUCUUUAUCAGGUGCGCAAGAUUGGUCCGGCCCCGUUCGCAUCCAGCAUCCCUCCCCCGUUAUGGAUACGACCAGUUAUGUCCCCAACAAUCCCCAGUUUGGGGUUCAGUUCGAGUGUAACUGGAGUGCUCCCGCAGGAUCUGUACAACAAGUUUCAACUUGUGCGGACGAUUUGUCAUCCUGUUGGAGCGACGAAAUGGGGUCAUUCUCAUUACCGCUAGAUCUUGAUCCCUUACCAAGCUUAUUUAACAUAUCCCCCUGCGGAAAUGUUUCAAAUUCAAGAACAGAGCCAAACUACCAAAACCAGAACCCCCUCCUAUUUCGAGACCAAAAACAACCAUCUUCAGAUGUAGCCGAUGUCCUAUUAUCCUUAAAACAUGCAGUUGUUCAUCCAGGUCAAAGCCCGACUGACAAAUGCGAAUCACAGCAUAAUUUGUAUCACCCGCAUCAGAUGCUUUUAUCACCUGGUGGAUAUUCAGGAGGAAACUUAUGUGAUCAGAGUUUUGGAAUUACCCAGCAGGCGCCGAUUUUUCCUAGUAUGUCUGUUAAUGUUUCGAUGAAUAUGACGAUGCAUGGAUACCAUCCGAAUGCUGGAUAUAGUUCCGAUAUAUCAUGUCCACAGGUUCAAUGGAGCGCUAACACACAAGCUCCCACGCAGGGAACCUACCAAAGCCAAGGACUUCUAAGCCCAUCUUAUGGAGGCACCUAUUCCUUUACCGCCGAUUUUAGACCCCCUCAAGAUACUUCUCCUAUUUUAACAACUACUGCCACAUAUAAACCGAUGACCAUGUCUUUUACUCCUCCCCGAAGAAGACCUAGUCUGACCCUUUUGGAUGAGGAAUCUCAAAAGCCAAAUGUUUGUCGAAUAUGUGGUAAAAGCUAUGCAAGGCCCAGUACGCUUAAGACGCAUCUUAGAACACAUAGCGGGGAGAAACCGUUUAGGUGUGGUGACUGCAAUAAAUCUUUUUCGCAAGCGGCAAAUCUUACGGCGCAUGUUAGGACUCAUUCUGGAGAGAAGCCAUUUCGGUGUCCGGUGUGUGAUAGAAGGUUUUCGCAGAGUUCGUCCGUGACGACUCAUAUGAGAACUCAUUCGGGAGAAAGGCCAUAUAGGUGUCGGCUUUGCAAAAAAGCCUUUUCGGACAGCAGUACCCUCACAAAACACUUAAGAAUACACAGCGGGGAGAAACCUUAUGAAUGUAAACUCUGCUUACUGCGAUUUAGCCAGAGUGGAAACCUAAAUAGGCAUAUGAGAGUGCAUGGUACCAGUAAUGGACUACCACCGUGACAGUUACUUUUUUAAUCUUAGCUUUUAAUGUAAAUUUGUAUAGAAAAUUGUUGAAGCUUUGUUAUGUGUAAAAAGUGCUUGUUUUUGUAUAAUUCCAUAACACAGGGUAUAUUUAAAAAAUGUGCCAAAGAAACUUAUGUAAUUUAUGUAUUGAGGUGGGCACAAUAAGUAUUUCCAGGCUGAAGUGUAUGCGGGGUAUUAAAGGAAUCUCUAGAAUAAUUGCGUCAAUCUUUUUCUCAAUAGAAAGUAAAUAAAAUAAUCUGUUCGGAUUGGUGCAAAAACUCACUUCUCAUUAAAACAUGACAAUUACGAAAAAAAUUAAAUCGAAUUUAUACAAAGGAAGAUAUUAAAG